GACGCUUCUCUUCAUUGCUGGUCCAAAAGUGCGUAUUAAACGACACUUAAGUUGUUUAAAUAAUAGUUUACGAAAUGGUUACAACAAAACUAGCUAUUAAGCCAUCAUGAAGACAUCUCGCUUCUUCAUGUUGUUCUUGGCGCUGUGGGUGUGUACAUCAGCUGAGGGUGAUGUGGAUUUUGUUGACACUGACUCUGAUGAAGAUACUGAGGUUGCUUUGAAGUGUGAUGCUUGCAGAAUAGUAGCCUCCAAGUUUGUGGAAGCAUUUGCUGAUAUCCAGGGAAAUAUCAAUCCUACUGUGUCUCCUAAAGAUGAAGAAAUAAUAGAAGCUGCAGAGGGUACUUGUGAUGACACAUGGGAAGGUUAUGGUGUGACAUUUAUGGAUGGGAUGGAAAGGCUGUCAGGACCAGGAGCUGAUGUAAAGUCAAGCGGAGUUGUUGAAAAUGAUUCCAUCUGGUCCCAAGAGGUGGAGUUCGUGGAGAAUAUUUGUGAAGAUGGAUUCAUCUUCUUCUUACAUCCUCAAGGUGAUGGGACAUUUGCAGCCUGUUCAACAGACAAUUGGGGACCAUGGCCAGGUGAUGAUUAUGAAGAUUAUGAUGAUGCAGCUGAAUUUGAGGACAUCCAUGAUGAGUUUUGA